CGUGUGACGUAUGACGUUUCAGGAAGUGGGGAGCCGCUACUACACACUAAACUCAGCUGCCUUCUAUGUAAGAAGGACUGAAAAUCAUGCAGUAUUUCUUAUUUUAAUUCAAUUUCUCUGCAUGAACUUCAUCAGCAUUUAUCGCUGGGGUAAUUUUCCACAUGCCCGCGUAUAUUAAGGAUUACGAGAUAAAUUUGGACUGUGAAAGCUAAAAUUUGGAACUCAUUUUUGAACUCAAGAUAAUACGGGUGGAAUUGGACCAAGAAUCUCCUUUGUAACUGAGGUUAUUUUGAUUACCAUUGAUUUUAUAUGAUAUGCAUUUGUGUUGAUCUCACGGGGACUGCCCUCUCUAGUCCGCUUUGGAGAACUGGUUUUUGUUGAACUCGUUUUGUGAUGGCGUGGCAUUAGAAGCCGCCGUUGUGUUAUUAUGCGUGUAAACAGAUUAUUUUUUACGCUACAGCUGAUCACAAGGAGCCAAGAAGACAGGGGUUUAGACGGGAAUCUACCCCACCACUCUUCUCCACUUGUCAUCGUUAUCGUCAGUGCAGUCUGUACAGUAUUGCACUUCUGAAGAUGGAAGAUGAGCUGUUUGAUCAGGUCGUAUCCGUCUUCCAAACCGUGGUGUCGUGGGUCGCUGCGGGGGCCAUGGUGUUCGGGGGAGUGGUCCCUUACAUCCCCCAGUACAGAGACAUCCGGCGGACACAGAAUGCAGAGGGCUUCUCCACCUACGUGUGCCUGGUGCUCCUAGUGGCCAACAUCCUCAGAAUUCUCUUCAGGUUUGGCCGGUAUUUCGAGACCCUGUUGCUGUGGCAGAGCUUCAUCAUGAUUGCCACAAUGCUCACCAUGUUGAACCUGUGCACAAAUGUCCGAGUGACUACUGAACUCAACACCAAGAGGCGCUCAUUCAUAGCCACAGACUGUAAGGAUGAGGAGGUCAGACUCCCUAAGCGCCUCUUUCUGGACUUCGACUGGAACUACUUCUGGCUGUGGACUCGCUUUGUGGACUACGUGCAGUGCGUUCUGGCCUUCACUCUGGUGGCGGCGUACAUCACCUAUGUGCUGUUAGAUUCUGCGCUCUAUGUGGAGUCGCUGGGCUUUUUGGCUGUCUUCACAGAGGCCAUGUUGGGGACACCUCAACUCUACUGCAACUACCAGAACAAGUCCACAGAAGGAAUGAGCAUCAAGAUGGUGCUGAUGUGGACGAGCGGUGACACCUUCAAGACGGGAUACUUCCUCGUGACCCAGGCUCCGGUCCAGUUCUGGAUUUGCGGUCUCCUCCAAGUGUUCGUGGACUUUGCCAUUUUAUUCCAGGUUUACUAUUACAGCCGCUACCCCCAGAAGCCCAUAUCCCACACCACCUCCCAUACCACCAGUGCCAAAGCUCUGUGAGGGGGCUUCUCUACGGACCUCCAAGCACACUGGAGCUGCGGAUAUGUAGAGGUAUCUGCCAUUACCAAAGCACCAAGAUGGCUGCCCUACAGAGUCUAUAUGAAGACACAGCACAGCCAUAAAUAAGACAUGAACAAAACCUGCAGCAUUUUAAGAACACAUGUUACAAAAACAACUCAUUUUGUCUAUAUUCCACUGGAGUGACUGCUUGCUAGUGUUUAGGAAUGCACACACUGUACCAUCAUAUGCUACCCUUGAUCUGUGCAUGUAGUCAGUAUUAUGCACAUACAUGAAUAUAUAGUGUACUUAAUGUCCACUCCCACGGACUCUUUGGAAGCCUUUUGUUGUCCAAAUAUGCUGAUGAUUGUUGCAUGGACCCUCUGCCUUAAAUCAUCUUUAGUCAUUUCCGCGAAUAUCGAUGUUCAAUCCAUAAGGUGUAUUUUUGAUAGACUCCCUGACAGGUCUUAUCCUUCUUAUCCUAGAGAUAUUGAUUAAUACAAGCAAACAAUCAGACAACUCAGACUGCAGCCCAAGAUUUGUUUUUAUGCAGAGGAGAAUUCUUGAGUGUUAUUUUAAGUUAUUUUUACCCUCACUUAAGUCACAUUUUGGCCCACAUGUUUAUCACCAGUAACACUAUCGGUUGGUAAAUAUUAAAUCAAUCCAAAAUUAAACCUUUAAAUGGGAGUGUUACAAUUUGCAUUCUGUUUAGCCUCACAUGUCUAUAAGACUUUUUAAGUAUGUAAAUUACUUUAUACCCAUUUGUAUAGCACACCAGUUGUAUUGUUACUUAAGAAUUCAUUUGUUUCACACACUGGUUCACCUAUUUUGUUCAUUUCUGGUUUGCUUCAUUACCUGAUUCUACUACAUAGAGUAGUAGUUGACUUUCUUUUUAAACAUGUUUAGUUUUUUCCUCAAAUGUAACACCCGUGUAAAUCAUUCUCUGAUGUACAAAAAGGUGUUUGUUCACUGGUGGCUGUUCUUGUCAGUGGAGUGAUGCUGGUCAGUCUUCCGCUGGUCGGUCACUGGCCUGUGCAGAGACAGAGGCCUGGAGAACACAAAGACAUUGGAGUGAACUAAAGACUGUUAGAGUUUAGCAGAAGAAACCCUCCAGAAGGCCUGAAGCCUGGGUGCAAACUGUUCAUGUGAAGGAGAUCCAGAUUGCAAAGUUUGGAGCCUGGAGACCAAAAGACUUUGUCUGGGCUUUGAUGUCAACUGUUCUUGCCAAUAUUUGAAUUGACAAACACCAACUUUUGUGUUACAGCUUAACUCUAAACUGCUGGAUUUAUGCCAAAAACAAAUUUUUCUCAAGACACAUAGUGUUGUGCACAGAUUUGCAUGUGAAACAAUGUGAAAAUGGUGGGCAUUAGGUCAGUUGACUGCAGUAUGAUUAAACAAGGAAACUUGAACAUUACUCAAUGCACAGUUAUUUGGUAUGUUUAGAUUUUACAGUGUAGACAAGAGUGUUUACUGAUGUCAUCUAUUCAUUCUCAAUGUCUGUUUUCUUUUAAGAAUACACAUGUAUGCAAAAGAGAACUUCAUUUUAUAUUAUGUCCUAAAUGACCCUGCUUCUAAAAUUAAAAGUAAAUUAAGGUGUGAGUGCCAUUUAAACACAUGUCACAUUCUGUUUCUGAAAAUAAAAAUACACUCAUCUCUAUUUUUGCUCAUGCUCACUUACAUUUUCAGUCUGCUCACCUAAAUCCAGCAGGCUAGAACUGGGUCUGCUUUGAAGCCAAACUUUUUAUGUUUGAAAUAAAAAGGGAAAAAAAUUUGUCGACAUAAGAAUAUGUGCUUUUUUAAGUUCAUAUUAUUUUUGUUUUGAUGUAUUUGCUUAACAAAAUACCUUUUAUUUUAAUCUGGUAUAAAUGGUCUAAAACACAUUUGUGAAACCACUCCCUAGUUGGGCACUGAGCUUUCAUAUAACUAUAUGCAGUAGUGUCUGUAUAAUCCCUCAGCCAUUCCAGUAGGAUCCAUAGCAUUUCUUAUGCUAUAUAUGCAGUAGUGGAAACAAAUCUUUAAAUGAACAGGUCAUGCUGCAUUACAGUUUUCCUCCUAUCCUCUUAUCUUCAAACAAGUCAACACCAAGACCUCCUGCAGUAUGAAGAGACUUACUGUAACUUUCUGUUACUUAUAGUUAUAUUGUUACUUUUGUCUACUACAUCACCCUAACAUAAGUCAACUCCAUUAAUGCAUGCAGCAACAGAUGGAGAGUUUUAUUUGUCUUGUCAUUAUUGUCACUUAUGACUCCAACCCAACAGCUGGCGAGUAAAGAUCAGUCUUAACUUUUAAGGAGAACUGUAAUGCAGCAUAUGGUUAAAACAGACUUACAACUUUAUUUUCUGAACUUAGGUUAUCUGUAUCCCUAUCUUUUAGACACAACACAAUGAUUAUACAAUGUGAAACACACAUUAUUAUUUGAUCUCUUGGUGACAGAUUUGCUCCAGCUGUGGGGCGGUUGGUCCUUUGCGUGAUCGCAUCUGUAUUAGCAGGAAGUGUCUCCUGGUUGGCUGAUUAUGUCCUUCAUAUCACAGCUCUGUGCUGGGGCUGCUCAUUUCCAUUUUGUCACCAAAAUCUCAUUUCCUCCAGAGGAAAUGCAGUGGCCACAGCGCAGCAGGGUUUCUGUGUGCUUUGUGUUGUGAACGCAGCACUGGAAUGGUAAAUGCCACACCACCUGUCAGACGGAGCAGGGCUAAGCAGGUCCCCCUCCAAGACUCACACUAAAUGAAGACAAUCUAGUCCAGCAGGAAGUUUUCAGAAGUAUUUGAAAUCCCAUAGUGCCUUUCAUUAAUACUGACACCCACGAUGCAGUCUGGUGAUAAGGGUGAGUUGUUUUGUAGUUCUGAAGACUUUCUCAUCCUAAGACCCCGAGCUUCUGCAGUUCUCAAGCAAUGAUUCACCUAAAUUCUGGACCUAUUUAAACAUCCUAUCCUAGAACUAAAUAUAUCUGUUGAAUGGAAAAAAGUCCUGAAACUGUUGCAUAUACCAGUGCACUGUAUGUCGGAGAAGUCAUUGUGGAGAAGUCGGUAGUAGUAGGUAUCAGUAUUUAUUCUAUACAUUUUAGAAUCCUUGACGUAUGCUGGUCUUUCUUCAAAUGGUCACUGUAUUGUUCUGGACAAUGUGAGAUGCCUACAAAGUGUCUAAUUACAAUCCAUUGUUUCUGUUGUAUUAUUUCUUUUCUUUUAAAGUAUUUUAUCAAAGUCCAAAAUUCUUUUUUCUGUUCUAUUUUAUUUCCAUUCCUUACAAAAAAAAUUUGUGAAAUCUUUUAUUGUAUCAUGCCACAAUGUUCAUUUGUAUAACCGUUUUAUUUUAAAAGGAAUAAAGUGAAAUAGAAAAUA